AUGGGCGGUCUUUUGACCAGUUGCCAAAGCGAAGAAGUUCGCGAGCAACUUAGUAAAAACAAGGCUAUAGAAAAACAAUUGACAAGUGAUAGACGUGCUGCUUCUUCUAUUAUCAAACUUUUAUUGUUGGGGGCAGGAGAGUGUGGAAAAUCGACUGUGCUCAAACAAAUGCAAAUUCUACACAGUAAUGGCUUUACAGAAGAAGAAAUUAAUGAGCGCAAAGCUGUCGUUUAUUCCAAUACAGUGACUUCAAUGGCUGCUAUUUUAAAGGCAAUGGAUAACGUUCUACACAUGCCAAUGGAUGACGCUUCUAAAGAAAGAGAUAGAAAUUUAAUUUUUAGAGCUAUAGAAAAUGGAGAAGAGAAUCUUCCUUUUACCGACCCAAUUGCAAAGGCCUUACAAAAUUUAUGGGGAGAUAAAGCUGUUAAAAAGGCUUAUGAAAUGCGCAGUGAAUAUCAGCUCAACGAUUCUGCUAAAUAUUUUCUCGACUCAGUCUCUCGUAUCCACGAACCCGGCUACAGACCCACAGAACAAGAUAUACUCUACUCCAGGGUUGCUACUACAGGCGUUGUGGAAGUCAAAUUUAUUAUUAAAGGCAAUAUGGAAUUUAGAGUUUUUGAUGUGGGUGGACAACGUUCGGAACGUAGAAAAUGGAUUCAUUGUUUUGACAAUGUUGAAGCAAUUAUUUUUAUUACUGCAAUAAGCGAAUAUGACCAAGUACUUUUUGAAGACGAAACUACGAAUCGAAUGAUUGAAUCAAUGCAAUUAUUUUCCUCAAUUUGUAACAGUUCGUGGUUUUUAAAUACUGCAAUGAUUCUGUUUUUAAACAAAAAGGAUCUUUUUCUAGAGAAAAUACAAAGAGUUAAUAUUACAACGUGUUUUCCGGAUUAUGAAGGCUCCCAAAACUACGAAGAAGCAGUCAAUUUUAUUAAAAUGAAAUUUGCAGAAUUAAAUCAACAUCCAGACAAAAAAACUAUUUAUAUGCACGAAACAUGUGCAACAGACACCAAUCAAGUUCAACUUGUAAUUAGUUCGGUAAUUGACACAAUAAUUCAGAAAAAUUUACAAAAGGCUGGGAUGAUGUAA